GCGCGAGCGGGGCCUCACUCAGCGGGAGCAGCUGUCUGGCGCGAGACAACGAGUGGGGAACUGUACGGAAACGUGGGGCGCGAGAGCACCAAUUCCCCGUUAUCGCCCCGGAAGUCAAGGGCGGCGUGACGACGUUAAAGAGACGUCGGAAAAGCGACGGGAGCCGUGAGGCUGGUUCUGGGGGUGAGGCCAGAGGACCAGACUCAAUGAGUUUCCAGCGAAAUGUCCGAGAAGUCAGGGCAGAGCACCAAGGCAAAGGAUGGCAAGACAAAGUAUGCAACCCUUAGCCUCUUCAACACCUACAAGGGAAAAUCUCUGGAAACCCAGAAAACUGCAGUGGCUGCCAGACAUGGGCUCCAGAGUUUGGGCAAAGUUGCUGUCAGUCGACGCAUGCCCCCUCCAGCCAACCUGCCCAGCCUGAAGGCAGAGAACAAGGGCAACGACCCCAACGUCAACAUUGUCCCCAAGGACGGCAGUGGCUGGGCAUCUCGAACUGAGGCAGGGGAGGAGAGGCAGCAGGAGACCCCCCCACCUCAGACCAAACCAGCAGCUCCACAGCCACAGGAGCUACCUAUAGGGGGUGCCCGCUCCUGGGCCAACAGCAAGCCACAGACACAACUAGAAGGAGCCCCUCGUGUGAGCAGUCAGUUCCACCAGGAGUUUCCUAGCUUGCAAGCGGCGGGUGAGUCGGAGAAAGGGGACAAUCAAGAAGAGGAGCCUUAUGGACCUGGCCCCAGCCUCAGACCUCAAAAUGUUGGCAGCUGGCGUGAAGGAGGGGGCAGAAAUCUGAACGCUGUACCUAGCCCCCCGGAUAUGGACAACAGGGUGCCAGAGGAGGGUGGCACGGUCCAUGGUACCUCCUCACCCCCAGGGGAGGCAGAUGAACCUGGCAGAACCCUGCCGAGCGAUGGCCAGAGGGACAAGAGGGAGGGCAGGGAGAGGCUGCUCCCAUCUGGCCCCUCUCAGCCCAAACUUAAUGGAGGGCAGCAGCCUCCUUCUGGGUUGCCACCACAGUUCCACCCUCCUUUCAGAAGCAUGAUGCCUCCCUAUAUGUUCCAUGCGUAUCCUCGAAUGCCUUUUGGCCCAGGGCAAGGAAACUUCAGAUAUCCUGUUCCUCAGGAUGGAGCCAAGGGCCCUCGGUCAAAUCGGCCUCAGCAGGGCCCCCCUCAAUCAUGGCUUCAGGACCCGGAUAGACCAUCCAUCAUUAGCGCCACAGAGCUCAAGGAGCUGGACAACUUGGACACUGAAGCUGACGAAGGCUGGGCCGGAGCUCAGAUGGAAGUGGACUACACUGAGAAACUCAACUUCAGUGAUGAUGAGGAGAACCAAGGUUCUAAAGAGAAAGACAACUGGGAGUGGAUGGGCAAGGUGGAGAGGAUAAGGUCCCGGCCACCAGAUAGCCAGGAGGGCUGGAAGGAGGGAUCUGAGGACCGUGGGAGCAAUAAAAGCUCUUGGGCUGACAGCGUAGACCCCAGAGCACCAUCACCUGGAAGUAUGGGGCAGUACAAUAAAACUGCUGCUUCACAGGACUAUCAGGGUCAGGGUAGUUGUCGCUCAGCCGGUGGUGGAGCCCCUCGUGGGAGCAAAGCUGCAGCACCACCUGUUGGAGAUGAGGAAACCGAGGCCUGGCGACAGAAACGCAAGAAGCAGUCAGAGCUCUCUGAAGCUGUAGAACGAGCCAGACGGAGGAGAGAGGAAGAGGAGAGACGGAUGGAGGAGCAGAGACUUGCUGCGUGUGCUGAAAAACUUAAACGGCUCAAUGAGAAACACCGCCCAACAACUGACAGCAAAUCUGCCCCUGCUGAGACAACCAGUGAGGAGACAGGGACUGUGCGUGAUGAAAUGCCCCCAUUAUCUGCUCCUGUAUCUAGCCCAGCCCCUUCAGUGCCGAUUUCACAACCCCAGCCCCUGAUCAUGCAAGCCCCUUUACCAGAAAGGGAUAGAGAGAGGGCGGAGCAAGAAAGGGAGAGGACAGAGAGAGAAAGGGAGAGGGCUGAGCCCAGUGUUGAUGAGGAAAUUCACUUUGUGCCUCGCCAGCCCAGCCCCCCUGUCCAGAGACCUGUGGCCACAGUCCCAGAGCCUCAGAGCGGGGGAGAGAGCUCUUCAGCAGAGGUGGGCCCCCUAGUGGACGAGAGCCAAGCUGACAGGACAUCAAUGCCUGUGCGAGACUAUUUCAACAUGGAGGAGAGCAGAGUAAAUGAAUCGCACCUGUCCCUGCCUUGUAUGGACCCCCCAAGUGGUGAAGAGGCCCCAGUGCCACCCCCUGAGUUGGAGGGGGAGGCAGGGGCUGCUAUGCGUCCCACCCUCACCUCAGGCUACUCCAAGCAGUUCCAGAAGUCUCUUCCACCUCGCUUCCUCAGACAGCAGGAGCAGAUGAAGCAGCAGCAGUGGCAGCAGCAACAACAACAACAGCAGCAGCAGCAGCAAAGUGGGGGCUCCGUGUCUCCUUCCGGUGGUAGUGGUGGAGUUCCAGGCACCCAGCAGCAACAGCACCGCUCCAUGUAUCAGCCCAUGGGCCCCCACCACCAGCAUCUGGCCUCCAUGGGGUUCGACCCCCGCUGGCUCAUGAUGCAGUCUUACAUGGACCCACGCAUGAUGUCAGGACGACCACCCAUUGAUAUGCCACCCAACAUGCACCCUGGGAGGAUGCCACCUAAGCAGAUAGUGCGCAGGGAACCAGGUGAUAACUCUAGUUCCAGCUCUGAUUCCUUUGACCACUUGACACGACCGAUGCGAGACCACAACCUGCCCUCAGAGCCACGCAUGGUGUGGGGGUCGGACCCAUACCCACAGUCGGAACCCUUACCUUCUGUCACUCCUCCUAAAGGACGGGAUGAAAGCAAGGAGCCUAGGCUGGACUCUGGUUUGGAUCUUGACAGGGGUCUCCCAACCAUGUACCCCCAAGACCAUAGUUCAUUGGACUCUCGCAAAAGCGACUUUUUCCAUGACCCAACAGAAGCCUUGUCUGUUUUUGGCCAGGGGCCAGAGGAUGCCCAGGGGCCUAUAGACGGGGCCCCUGUAGGGUCUGGCUUUGUGUCUGAGGAGCCAGGCAUGCCCGGCGGAGAAGAGGUAGAAGCGCUAGGCCAAGCCAUGCUCCAGAGGAGUGUCUCCCAGGGCUCCAGCCACUCACUCAAACUAGAUGAACCCAGAUUUGAAGGACUCCCCCUUGGAGCGAAAUCACUUGAGCUCCAGGAUGCAGGGGAUAGGGUUGAGGAUAAGUCCCGGAAUGAGUCCUUCUCCCAGGCUGCAUUGACCAGCAACAGAGCUACACCUCCUGUUGAUGGACUCCACAAACAAGAGAAGCUUCCCCUACCAGCCCCUAUUAAGCAGAAAGUUGAGCUUCGCUGGGGCGGGAGAUCAGGGGCUGGGCGUAGGGAAGGACCAGGAGGGGAGAGACCUGUCCGCAGGUCUGGGCCAAUAAAGAAACCUGUAUUGAGAGACAUGAAAGAGGAGAGGGAGCAGAGAGAGGAGAGAGAAAAGCGACAAGAGAGAGGGGAAAGAGGGGAGAGGCCCAAGAAGGAUGUGGCAGCAAAAGCCCUAUCUGCAGCUGCUGCUGUGUCUGAGGGCUCAAGGACACAGGUUGAGGGGAAGAGAGAAGAUACUGAGGCUGAGGAAAUGCCCCCUGGCCCUCAAAGACCUAGGGACUCCCAGCCUUCAUCUGGAGCCCCCACUUCCUCCUCUCAGGAGGAGAAACCUGACAAACCACCUAGCAGUGAUAAGCAUCCAGAACCGAAAUUGCCCAACCGGAAAGAGUCCAACCUUCCCCCACGUGCCUACCGACGAGAGGAGAGGGAGAGGGAACGUGAGAGGGAGAGAGAUAAGGAGAGAGAGCUGGAGAGGGACAGAGAUAGAGACUGGCCCACGGACUGUAGCUUCAAAGGACGUGGUCGAGGAGAGUAUUACUCCCGAGGGCGAAGCUACAGAGGUACUUAUGGUGGACGGGGUAGGGGGAGUCGGGGCCGUAGCCGGGGGGAGUACCCCUAUCGGGAGCCCCGAUCACGCUCUGAUCUCCCUGUGGGAGGGGGUGCUGCUGCUUUUCGCAACCGAGAGGAGAGCGAGACACGCAGUGAGAGCUCUGAUUUUGAAGUCAUGCCGAAGCGGCGGCGGCGGCGGGGUUCUGACACAGAUUCAGAGAGUGAGGGUGGGAGGGAGUCUGCCAGCGAUACUGGACCCUCAGAUCGUGAGCCGAGCACCAAGCCUAGCCGAACACUCAGACGAGACUUGCCAGGGGAGGCCCGGUCUGGCCCACACAAGCCAGGCUUUGGACCUCCUCACAUUGGGGAGAAAGGUGGGUCCAGAGGGGACGAAGACAGCCGGCCCAAGCCUGGGUUCCUUCCUAAAGGAGAGCCUUCUCGACGAGGUAGAGGAGGGUUGUACAGCAGGCGAGGGGGAGCCAGGGAGCGUGGAGGCCCUCGCUCAGCCCCUCUCAGGCGGCCUGCAGCCAGAGAGUCUUCCUCUCAGUGGCCCUCUAAACCCAUGGAGACAUUCAGACCAGAGGACACGGAGUCCACAUCUUCCAGAUACAACAACCCUCCUGCUGAUCGACGGCCCCCUAAAUACGAAGGCAAGAAGUUUGGGGAGGGUGUGCCUCAGAAUAGUAGAGAAAGGGCUCGUCGGCCCAGACCAGCCCGGCCCCCAAGGCAAGAUAAACCACCCCGUUUCCGCCGGUUAAAGGAAAGGGAGGCUGCAGUGUUAGCUGGAGGAGAGACAGCCCAGAGUCCUACUGUCCCUCCACCCCUAGUGCCUACUGCUGCUGCCCCUGGCUCAGCACCUGCCCCCAUCUCCCCCACCUUGUCUAAAGCUCCUGGGACCCCUGUCACUGUACCUGCAGAAGUGGGGUCUGGUGUGCCCACCUCCGAUCUGCCCUCUUCUAUAGAGGCAUCCUUGCCCGAGACUAGCAGUCCCACCAUAGCUGCUAUUGGCACCAAGUCACCUGAUCUGUCUAAUCAAAACUCUUCCGACCAAGCCAAUGAGGAAUGGGAAACCGCGUCUGAGAGCAGCGACUUCAACGAGCGGAGGGAACGAGAAGAGAAGAGAGGAGCACUGCAGGCUGCAAAUUCUGCAGCCAUUGCCUCUGCCCCUGCACCUGCCGCUCCCCAGGGUUCGGUAACCCCCAGUAAAACCCCUCCGGAAGGAGGUGUUGCCCCAAAACGUGAAGGGGCUCCUGCAGCUAAAAGGAGUUUCUCUAGCCAAAGGCCUGCAGAAAGACAGAACCGCAGAGGCAACAGUGGAGCCAAACCAAGCCGCAGCUAUGCAGGGGGUAAAGGCGAAAGGAGAGGAGGGGCCAAAGCGUGCCGCAGAGGGACUGCAGCCCAGCAGAACCUGGAUGCAGCAAUGGGAGCGGCAGGUGGUGCAGCCCAAAGAACUGCCAAAGAUCAGCCUGCUCGCCGCAAAGAUGAGGCCAAACAGGCUGCCAAGAAACCCAAGGAGAAUGCCCUCUCUCAGUUUGAUCUCAACAACUAUGCCAGUGUUGUGAUCAUCGAUGACCACCCAGAGGUCACCACCACCGAGGACCCCCAAUCCAGCGCCAAUGACGACGGCUUCACGGAGGUGGUUUCUCGUAAGCAACAGAAACGCCUGCAGGAUGAAGAGAAACGAAAAAAGGAAGAACAGACCACUCAGAGCUGGGGUAAAAAAGGCUCUGGAGAGAAGGGCAGAGGAGGCGGCGGAAAGUUGCCACCAAGGUUUGCUAAGAAACAGUCAUCGCAACAGCAGCAGCAACAGCAGCAGCAACAAGCCUCACAGCCUCCGCCUCCUGCAGUCCCUACACCUCAAACCCAGCCACAGCCCCCCAUGUCUGCCCCCCAGCACCCUCAUCCUGCCCCCUCCCAACCCGCUGCCUCCCCCCAGAAUCUGGAGGGAGCUGUGGCGCCUCUGCCCUCUAUACCUCCAGCUGCAGUGGACUUCACUUCAAAGACCCUGCCCCCUGCCUCUGCACAGACGCACAGCACCCUGGGUACAGAACUAUGGGAGAAUAAGGUUGCAGGAUCCACUGUGCUCCCAGACGUCAAGAAACUUGGCCCGAUCAGCCCUCCACAGCCCCCUUCUGUGAGUGCCUGGAACAAACCUCUCACUUCCUUCACUGGGACUGUCAAUUCUGAGGGUGUGAAGCCUGGAGCAGAAAGCAGUGCGGAACUUGGAAUGGACAGCAUCCAGUUUGGAGCUCCAUCGUCUGCUGGCAGCACUGACAGCGAUGGGGUACCAGCCAUGCUAGAGACUGGAUCCGACAACAAACUACCUGCUCCUAAAGAACAGAGACAGAAACAGCCUCGGGCUGGGCCAGUCAAAACACAAAAACUCCCUGAAAUGGAGCCAGUUGAGACCAAGGAGUACAAGCCAGGUCCCAUUGGUAAAGAACGCUCCCUAAAGAACCGUAAGGUCAAAGACACACGUGGAGGGGAGGGUGAGGGGAUGGAGGGAGGAGUGCCUGGAGGAGGGGUCAGCAGAGCCACAGAUUCCAGCCCCCCCACCACAGACACCUCUGUGCAAGAACUGAGUGGAGACAUUGAGGGCAUGAUCACUGUCCCGUCGGCAGAGUACACCAGCAACUCCAAGGAGUCAGUGACGGACUACACCACCCCUUCCUCUUCCCUGGCUGACAGUGUUCCAACAGGAGGAAGCAAAAUGGAGGAGAGUCUGGUAGCUAAUGUGGCGCUGCCCCACUCCUUGCCCCUCCCUCGGAGAGAGGCCCUGCAGCAGAGCUCCAGCCUCAGUACAGUCUCCCCUGCCACUGUUGACCUCACACUGAAGAUGGAAUCGGCUCGAAAGGCAUGGGAGAACUCCCCUAGUCUGGUGGAAAAAAGUUCUCCCGUCACCUCCUCUUCCUCCCCCAUCACCUCUUGCGCCUCCUCCUACUCUUCCUUCUCCUCCGCCUCCAUGCCACAGAUCCCUGUGGCCUCAGUUACCCCCAGCACUUCACUGUCAGGUUCUGGGACUUACACCACAUCAUCCCUGAGCACCAAGACCACGACAGCCUCCGACCCACCUAACAUCUGUAAAGUGAAGCCCCAGCAGCUGCAGGGUAGUGGCCUGUCCUCCUCCAGCAGUAGCAGCAGUAGCAGCAGUUUCUCUCAGCUGGGCUGUGUGCCUCCCCUCCUGCCCCAGCAACAGCAGGCGCCACAGGUCUACGUUUCCCAGUCUGCAGCAGGUUCUGCAGCCCAGAUUCCAGCCUUCUACAUGGACACUAGCCAUCUCUUCAGCACGCCCCACCCUCGCUUAGCUCCUCCUUCCCUGGCUCAGCAGCAAGGCUUCCAACCUGGGCUCUCACAGCCAACAGCAGUGCAGCAGAUUCCCAUCCCCAUCUACGCCCCACUGCAGGGGCAGCCCCAACACCAACACACCCACCAGGCCCAGCUAGGACUCAGCACUGGUCCUCCAGUCUCCCAGCCACAGGACCUGUUCAGCUCCUCACUGCAGCCUUACAGGUCUCAGCAGGCAUUCAUGCAGAGCAGCCUGUCUCAGCCCUCCAUGAUGUUGUCAGGACCCUCCCUACACAGCUACCCUGGGGUUCAGGCGCCUGAACUGGGCAAACCUCAGUCCAACCUGGCGUAUCAGCAGCCUUCCUCCCAACCGCACAUCCCCAUUCUGUUUGAGCCCCAGCUGAACCAGCCCUCCGGCAUGGGAGGCUCCCAGCUUAUAGACACACACUUAUUGCAGGCUCGGCAGGGGAUGAAUCAGCAUUCAAAUAUGUACUCAGGACAGGUACAACAACACGGCCAGAGUAGUUACUAUAGCAACACCCAAUCUCCCAGCUCAGCAAUGCAACAGGUGACUGUCCCUCUGCCUGGCUCUCAGCUGUCCCUGCCAAACUUUGGUUCAGGAGGAGGCCAGCCCCUUCUGGCACUGCCCCCUACUCCUCCGCAGGCUCAGCCCCCCAGCAUCAACAGACAGCCCCCUGUUUCCCAGCCCUACAGGGGCAUCAUGGGGCCUAACCACAGCAUGAUGCAGCCUCCAACCAGCAAGAUCGACAUGGACCUGAAGUUGUUCGGCAGUGGGAUGGAUGUGAAGCCUGGGACUCCUCCUGUGAGCGCCAGGAGCACUACACCCACCUCUAGCCCUUACAGGGCUAGCUCCACCUCUCCCAGUAGCCAGUCCAGUAAGAUGAACAGCAUGCUGUACCAGAAACAGUUCCAGCCCAGCUCUGCUGGAAUGAGAAUGACACAGCACUUCCCUGGGCAGUUCAACCCACAGAUUCUGUCCCAGCCCAACAUCGUAUCUCCUCUGGUUCGACCUCCUCACGCUAACUCAUUUGCAGGAGGUGUCCAGCGCUCUCCCAUGGGUCCUCCCAUGUCUCCCAACGUAGGUGGGGGUUUGAUGCCUCAUCCCCGACCCCAGCAUCCACAGCACAGCCAGCACCCUCCUCGAGGACCCCCGGGACCCUCCCUUGCACCGAGAGGCACACAGGCCGCUCUCAAGGCAGAGCAGGACCUCAAGGCAAAGCAGAGGGCUGAGGUGCUCCAGUCUACUCACAAGUUCUUCUCAGAGCAGCAGCAGCAGCUCAAGGCCCCACAAGUCAGCAAAGCUGCUCGCCUGGAUCAAGGCGGCAAGCCACCCCUCGACACCUUGGCCCCCAACCACCAAUCAGUGGGUGUCUCUGAGCGCCCAGACACCGACAAACCCCCCCUCUCAUCGGGCAAGCCCAUUCGAACUGGCCCCAUAAAACCCCAGGCCAUCAAACCAGAAGAGGGCAAGUAAAGAGCCAUGCACCCUCUUCUGAUAGAGGAAGAAACGAAAGAAAAAAAGAUUGAUGGUGGAGGAGAGAAUCCAGCUGCUCCAUUCACUCUCUUGGCCCUAGGGGAGGGAUUGGGGGAUAGAAGGGGAUGGUUUGGGAUAUGUGCUAGGUCCAAACGGUUCUGGUUACUUGGAAUGGGUAUUGUUCUGUUCGUGCACUCAGUCCUCAUCCCUCCCCGUCCCCCUUCUCUGGCCCUGCUGUAGGUGUGGGGAUUUGAGUUGGAUUCUCCCUCGUUGUAUUUUAAUGUUUUUUUUUUUUUUCAGGUGGGGAACCAAACAGCUGUACAGGCUGUUGAAUAAAAACAAAAUCUACUGCAGUGGUAGAUAACGGAGAGAGAGUCAGAAAUGAGAUUCGCUGCUGAGUUUGCCAUUUUUUUAUUGCUCUAUUAAUUCUAUUCCCUUGUUUUUUUCCCCAAGUAGAAUCACAUAUAAUAGGACAGAUAUAUUGUUUUGUUAAUCGAAUGACUCAAUCUUUUUUUGUAGUUGGACGAACAAUCUUAUUUAAGAGGAUGUCAUUUAGUGAAUCACGGAUUGCUUGUGUCCCUACCCUACACACACAAACACACACACACACCCACAACCAGUCCUCCCAUCAUUGCUAAUCCAGAGAUGUGUGCGUGUGUGCAAGUGUGUUUAAAAAAUAAAAAUAAAAAAAGCUUAGCACCACAAUACCACACAUAUGUACGUACACACACACACACCCUUCUCUCUCUCUCUCUCUCUCUCUCUCUCUCUCUCUCUCUCUCUCUCUCUCUCUCUCUCUCUCUCUCUCUCCCAUCCAACAGUUUCAACAAUAUUCACCGAACGGAGAUGAAAAAUCAGGAAUUCUGUCAUUUUGCUUUCUCAGAGAGGAAAUGUGAAGUUGCAUUUAUUUGUUUUUUUAAAUCAAUCAUUGAUUGGAGUCUGCCUGCGAGCCUUUGCUCCUGCCUUCUGCUCUCAUCUCCUUGCCUGAGAAUACCGAUGCGGUGGUAUACGUGGGUGUAGGGUGUGCAAAUGUGUAUGUGGUCUACACUGGGAGAAAGGGCUUGUAGUUGAAAUCUCUCCUGUGUAUUUUAGCCAAAGGAUAAGCAGCCCAAAGGUGAUGUCACAGAGCCUUUAGAAAUACUUUUGCAGUGGCGGCAGGGUUUUGAAUGGAGUUACUAAUUGUUAAAAGAUGGUGACUACAGACGGGCAUUCAUAGCCGGGGCCUGCUCUUGCACAUACAUUCACUGCUCUCACACCCAUCUUUGCCGUCUGUUUCUCUCUCUCUCUCAAAACACAGACACCCACCCAUGCACACACACACACACACGCGCACACACACUUUUUACUGUAAAGCACCCAGACCUGCUGCUAUUGACUGAGUCCAGUGCCCUUUGCUAGGAUAUAGCAGGAUAGGGCUACUUAAGAGGAAUAGGACGGUUGAGGGGGCCUCAUUUUCUAACAGUAGAACACUUGGGUGUUUGUACAUGAGCCCUCGCAAAGAGGGGAACAAGAGCAGGAUAGGUAAAAGGGGGGACAAAAAAAUGAAAAAAGACUCAAGAUUCUGUAGUUCAGAAGCGUUGAUAGAAGGACACAAUAUUUAGGGUUUUUUUUUUCUUUAAACCAAUGAGAGGAGAGCAAUCAGACUUGUUCUCUCUUGACUCUGCCUCUCCUCUGCCUGCUCUCCUACCUGCCACGGGCUCAUUUUGGAUCUUGGGGUCAGUGGUGAUGAGGGUCCUUCAGAAAUGUUGUACAGUAGUAUGCACCCCGGUAGGGGGAGGGGGGCUACACCCCUCUUCCCCUCUAACCCCCAGCAAGGUGAGGAGGGGAGAGUCCUUGCUUUGGAGGAUGG